CCGGGGCCGGGGCGCUACGGAGUCUCCUGGACGCGCCGCUCCUGCCGCUCCCCCUCAGCCGGCAGGGCCGGGCCCGCCAUGGCCCCCGCAUGGAUCGGCCGCCUCUGCCUCCUCCUGCUCUGCCUCUGCGGGGAGGCCGCCGCGGGGCGAGACUUCUACAAGAUCCUGGGGGUGUCCCGCGGCGCCUCCAUCAAGGACAUCAAGAAGGCCUAUCGCAAACUGGCGCUGCAGCUCCAUCCCGACAGGAACCCCGACGACCCCCGGGCUCAGGAGAAGUUCCAGGACCUGGGCGCUGCCUACGAGGUGCUGUCAGAUGAGGAGAAGAGGAAGCAGUACGAUGCCUAUGGUGAGGAGGGCCUGAAGGAUGGGCACCAGAGCUCCCACGGAGACAUCUUCUCCCACUUCUUUGGGGACUUUGGAUUCAUGUUUGGAGGAAACCCUCGCCAGCAAGACAGGAAUAUUCCCCGAGGAAGUGACAUCAUCGUGGACCUGGAGGUCACACUGGAGGAGGUGUAUUCAGGAAACUUUGUAGAAGUUGUCAGGAACAAGCCAGUGGCAAGACAGGCGCCUGGCAAACGGAAAUGCAACUGCAGGCAGGAGAUGAGAACCACCCAGCUGGGGCCUGGGCGCUUCCAGAUGACUCAGGAAGUUGUUUGUGAUGAAUGUCCCAACGUCAAACUGGUGAAUGAGGAGCGGACGCUGGAAGUGGAGAUAGAGCCAGGGGUGAGGGAUGGCAUGGAGUAUCCCUUCAUCGGGGAAGGUGAGCCCCACGUGGAUGGGGAGCCAGGAGAUUUGCGCUUCCGAAUAAAAGUUCUUAAGCACCCAGUGUUUGAAAGGAGAGGAGAUGACUUGUACACAAACGUGACAAUCUCGCUGGUCGAGGCACUGACAGGCUUUGAGAUGGACAUUGCUCAUUUGGAUGGGCACAAGGUUCACAUUGCCCGGGAUAAAACCACAAAACCUGGUGCCAAGCUGUGGAAGAAGGGAGAAGGUCUUCCGAACUUUGAUAACAACAACAUCAAAGGCUCCCUAAUAAUCACCUUUGACGUGGAGUUCCCCAAGGAGCAGCUGACACCUGAGCAGCGGGAAGGUCUCAAGCAGCUGUUGAAACAAGGAUCAGUGCAGAAGGUCUACAACGGAUUGCAGGGAUAUUGAUGUGUGGAAAAAUUGGACUUCCCUGGAAAUGCAAAGUCAGAUUUGUUUGCAGUCUUUUCUCCUGCCCACUGUAGAAGAGGGAAGAGGGAGGGGGGCGAUGGUUGAGGUUUAGCUCAUCUUUGGUUUGUAAAUUAUGGAAGUGCUCAGAGUUUGGGGAAAUACUUUUUCAGGACAUAACUGGUGCUGCCUAUCAUGUUCCAUGUCCUGGAACAACAGAGAUUCCUUGAGCAGGAAAACAGCUGGGGAAAGAAGUUUUAAAUUCCACACAGAUUGGAAUUUCUGGUUUUUAAAUAUAUUUUGAUGUGACUUUUCUUGGCCAUCUCAACAUAUUUUCAUAGCUGCUCCUGCUUUUUACAUCCUUUGUGUAAAUUUCUUCUGAAUUCCUGUUGUUUUGGGGUGAUAUUUUUAAUCCCAGCCCUUCCUCCCCUUCCCCUCUGAGUCCAGAGUGUGGUAUUGGUUCACAGACUAGUUUUGGGGCAGGAAUACUGGUGCUGUUGGGAGUGCACUGGGGGCUGUGUUAGGCCCCACAAUUGUUUGGGAAAAGAGUCUCUCGAUGCCUCUGUGGGCUCUCUUAACUACCAAGUCCCAAGAGUCAACACCUGGUUUGAAAUUUGAAGUUGCACCAGCUUAGCAAAGACUCCUUGGCCAUGGUGGAAUUUGGGAAUGGCUCCUCAUGGCCUUGGUUGUCCCUCGUUGCCCCCACGUGGAACCAGUCUGGAAAAGCUCCCUCCCCUCCUGCGCUCUGUCCUCCGUGAGGACGGGUGAGGCUGAUGGGAAUAAACUGUUGGAGUUGGAAUGGCAAAA